GGGUGGGGUGGGUGGGACUGGAGGGGGAACGGGGCAUCUCUCUGCUUCCCGAGCGCAGAGGCUCCCCUCGCCGCGCUUCCUAGCCGCCAUCCCCCUGCCGCCAUUCCCCGCCGCCGUGUUGCCCAAGCCAGGAUCGCCCCAUGAUCGCCCCAUGCGGAGGGCAAAGUCGCGCCGGGGACCUUGCGAGCCUAUGCUGAGAGCUCCUCCCCCCAUCUGCUACAGCCCCAGCAGUCCUGUGCCGAUUCUAGAAGACCCCGCCCACUUCUACCCCGACUUGCAGCCCCACUCUGGGAGGCAUGAAGCGGCUACUCUGACAGUGGAGGCAAGCAGAGGCCUGAGGGGGAAAGGCGUAGAGGACCCCCUCUCCUGCUUCCACUCCCCGAACUUCCUGAGGACACCAGAGGUGGAAAUGAGAGGUUCUGAGGAUGUAGCUUCUGGAAGAGUGUUACAGCGGCUGAUUCAGGAACAACUGCGCUAUGGUGUCCCAACCGAGAACAUGAACCUGCUGGCCAUUCAGCACCAGGCCACAGGCAGUGCAGGGCCAGCCCACGCCACCACCAACUUUUCUUCCACCGAAACCCUCACUCAAGAAGACCCACAAAUGGUCUAUCAGUCGGCCCGCCAAGAACCGCAGGGUCAAGAGCAUCAGGGAGACAAUACGGUGAUGGAGAAGCAGGUCCGGGCCACACAGCCUCAACAGAACAACGAGGAGCUGCCCACCUACGAGGAGGCCAAGGCCCAGUCCCAGUUCUUUAGGGGACAGCAGCAGCAGCAACAGCAGCAGCAGCAGCAGCAGCAACAACAGCAGCAGGGACAGGGGCCCCUGGGCCACACUUACUACAUGGCCGGAGGCACCAGUCAGAAGUCUCGCACUGAGGGGAGACCCACAGUGAACCGGGCCAACAGUGGACAGGGACAUAAGGAUGAGGCCCUGAGAGAACUCAAGCAGGGCCAUGUCCGGUCCCUCAGUGAGAGGAUCAUGCAGCUGUCGCUGGAGAGGAAUGGAACUAAGCAACACCUCCCCAGCUCGGGAAACGGAAAGAGCUUCAAGGCUGGAGGAGAGCCGUCCCCAGCUCAGCCUGCCUGUAAAGCGCUGGACCCUCGUGGUCCUCCACCCGAAUACCCCUUCAAGUCCAAGCCAAUGAAAUCCCCAGUCGGCAAGACCCAAGAUCACGGUCUUUUCUACAGCGACCAGCACGCUGGUGUACUCCAUGAGAUGGUCAAACCUUACCCAGCACCUCAGCCUGCAAGAACAGAAGUGGCCGUCUUGAGGUAUCAGCCUCCCCCGGAGUACGGCGUCACCAGCCGCCCUUGCCAGCUGCCUUUUCCAUCCACGGUGCAGCAGCACAGCCCCAUGUCUUCUCAGACGUCCUCCAUCACUGGGCCUCUGCACUCCGUCUCCCUGCCUCUUGCACUCCCCAUGAGCCUGGCGGCUCCACAGCCCCCACCGGCCUCGCCCAGCCAGCAGCUCGGACCGGAUGCCUUUGCGAUUGUGGAGCGAGCCCAGCAAAUGGUAGAGCUCCUCACAGAGGAGAACCGCGUGCUUCACCAGGAGCUUCAGGGCUGCUAUGACAACGCGGACAAGCUCCACAAGUUUGAAAAAGAGCUGCAGAGUAUAUCGGAGGCCUAUGAGAGCCUGGUCAAGUCCACCACCAAGCGCGAGUCUCUGGACAAGGCCAUGAGAAACAAGCUGGAAGGCGAGAUAAGGAGACUUCAUGACUUCAACAGAGAUCUCCGCGAUCGCCUGGAGACAGCCAACAGGCAGCUGUCCAGCAGGGAAUACGAGGGGCACGAAGACAAAGCUGCAGAGAGCCACUAUGUGUCCCAGAACAAAGAAUUCUUGAAGGAAAAGGAAAAGCUGGAAAUGGAGCUGGCGGCAGUGCGGACGGCGAGCGAGGACCACCGGAGGCAUAUCGAGAUCCUGGACCAGGCUCUGAGCAAUGCCCAGGCCAGAGUGAUCAAGCUGGAGGAAGAGUUGCGAGAGAAGCAAGCCUACGUGGAGAAGGUGGAGAAACUGCAGCAGGCCCUGACCCAGCUGCAGUCUGCAUGCGAGAAGCGAGGACAGAUGGAGCGCAGGCUGCGGACCUGGCUGGAGCGGGAGCUGGACGCUCUGAGGACACAGCAGAAACAUGGAAAUGGCCAGCCCGUCAAUCUCCCGGAAUAUAACGCCCCCGCCCUCAUGGAGCUGGUGCGGGAGAAGGAGGAGCGGAUCCUAGCCUUGGAGGCCGACAUGACCAAGUGGGAGCAGAAGUAUCUGGAAGAGAGCACCAUCCGGCACUUCGCCAUGAGCGCUGCAGCCGCUGCCACAGCCGAGAGGGACACCACCCUGAGCAACCACUCGAGGAACGGCAGCUAUGGGGAGAGCUCCCUGGAGGCCCACAUCUGGCCAGAGGAAGAGGAGGUGGUGCAGGCCAACAGGAGGUGUCAGGACAUGGAGUACACUAUUAAAAACCUCCACGCCAAAAUCAUAGAGAAGGACGCCAUGAUCAAGGUCCUGCAGCAGCGAUCCCGUAAGGAUGCUGGGAAGACGGACUCUUCCAGCCUGCGGCCUGCCCGCUCCGUCCCAUCCAUUGCCGCAGCCACCGGGACACACUCCCGCCAGACUUCACUUACCAGCAGCCAGCUGGCAGAGGAGAAGAAGGAAGAGAAGACCUGGAAGGGGAGCGUAGGAUUCCUGCUGGGGAAGGAGCCCCAGGGACAGGCGUCUGCCCCUCUGCUGCCCACCACACCUGCCUCUGCACUGUCCCCGCCCGCCUCCACCGCAUCGGCCAGCAGCACCCAUGCCAAGACGGGCAGCAAGGACAGCAGCACACAGACAGACAAGAGCACUGAGCUCUUCUGGCCCAGCAUGGCGUCCCUGCCCAGCCGCGGCAGGCUGAGCACCGCCCCUUCCAACAGCCCCGUCCUGAAACAUCCAGCUGCCAAAGGAACCGUGGAGAAACAGGAGAACUCUCCUGGUCACGGGAAGUCGUCAGACCACAGAGGCCGCGUCAGCAGCUUGUUGCACAAGCCUGAGUUCCCGGAUGGCGAGAUGAUGGAAGUGCUCAUCUAGUCGUCGUUCUGUCGAGUUGUCCAGCAUGCUGACAGAUGAGAACAGAGGCUGAAAGAAAAGAAAAGAUCCAGAUGGGCAGUUGCAGUAGCAACUGCAAAACCAGGACAGGUGUGGACACGUCACAGUGUUACCAAAACAGCUGGCUCAGUGUCUGCAGGGGAGUGAGAGAGAGAAGACGCAUGCAGACUUGGAGGCAGAGUUGAGAAGGAGGAGGAGUGGAAUUUUCCAUUGUAGAGAAAUUGUAUGUCUUAGGGAGACGCCUUGCUUCCCCCAUUCUUGGCUUCUAAGCAGAUGAAGAGGAGCUGGGCCUUCCUCGGAAUCACCUCGGGGGGCCCUUUGCCUCUUAGCAGGUUUGGUUUAAGAGGAAUCUGCUAGAAAUCCUGAACUCCCAUAUCAUCAGUGUGUGUGUGUGUGUGUGUGUGUGUGUGUGUGUGUCCUUAACAAAUACAUCCAGGAUAAUGGGGAAUUCCACAGGCAAGUUUUGUCACCUUCUUGGCUGUCUGGCUUGAGGUUUGUGGCUUCAGACAGUGCGAGGCUUCGCUUGCUUGGACUGAAUGGUAUUUUCUGAGCAGGAUGUGAGCGAGCUGCCCUGGGCCCUCAUUACCCCAACCUCUUUGAGCUUAUCUGUCUCGUCUCUACUUACUAUUUUGUUGUUGUAUUUUUUCUGUUUAGUUAGACAUAGCAGAGUUCCUCACGUAUGGGGUUAGGAGACCACCAUCCUUGCUGUGGUGUUCAGAUGGACAGAGCCUGGGGUUGGCACCCCAGCUGCUCCCCCAACCUUUGCUUAGCAGAACUGCAGCUGUCAGUCUCACUGUGAGCUAGGCACACCUGGCUGAGGAGUCCAUGAGUCGCUGACGUAACUCACAACUCACGUAACUCAUGUCCACGCUCUUGCCCGGAGCUUGACCAUUACACCCCAUCGCCCUGUAGGGAAGACUUCCUUGUGAGCAGGUGCCACAGGAACCCCAUGAUGGCUUACACAGCGCUGUCUGCGGUCUCAGCAGGCAUCCCCAGCCACUUUGUUGUGUGUGAGGCUCUCAGGUCUGUGGUCGCUCUCCCCUGCCCCAUUCUGCCCCGUUUACUGUUGAUGAGCACAGUGCCAUCCCUGAUCAAUCCUUUUUUUCCUGUCAAUUGCUUCAUAACCCAUCAGACUCGUAGGCACGUAGCACGGUCAGUGUCACACAAGGGACAAGCCCGAGUGAGCUCCCCUUGGCAGGGGGAGCCAGGCUCGGAGCCGCCCACCCGGUCCUCACCUCUCAGAUCUUGCAGCCCGAGUACUGGGCUUGCCUGUGCCCUUUGGGGAAGGGGAUAAAACAGCAUAAGAGGUCUUCCAGUUGAGGUGGGGCUGGAAGACGGAAGCAGUUGGGUGCAGGAACCAUUUUGGAUAGGGUGUGUUGUCCAGUUGAUGGCAUCUAAUUCUCUAAGAGCAUAUUGUCUCCUAUUAAUGUUGGGGAGAAGUCCAGAAAGGGAAGGGUAUAGAGAUGGGUCAUUAGUGAGAUCUUCCAGUCCCAAGACCAUGUUUGAGCCACCCCAAACUUAGGCUGUCUCCCAGCACAGGAGUGAGGCACUAUCCAGUUUACUCAAAUUCUAGUGUACAUAUUUCAGACACGUCGCACACUUGCACAGACAGUCUCCUGUUCCAGCCCCCACCUCCCUGCACUGUUAGUAUGUUUCAGUUGUCUGAAAACAAAGGGGACACAGAGCAGGGCUUUAACGUCAUGUGGACUGUGGCUUUUGUCCAACAGUCCAUGUUGAGAGAGAGGAUAUGGCUUUAAGGUGGUGGCCCUUCAGUCUUGUGUGUGCAGAACAAAGGGCCCCGGGCACUCAGAAGCCAUGCUGUGCUCUGGGGAGUUCUCAGGAUCUGAACUCCUUGACACUGAGAACAACAGUACUAUACAGGUAUUUUGGUACAAACAGUGUGCAAACACUAGAAAAGGUUGAAUGGUCCUCAAAGCACCAGAGAAACAAGGCCAGCUUUGCUCUCCUGGUUGCUUAGAUGCAGAAGCUGGACCCAGGAGGCAUGCUGCCCAUCCAAGCCUUCAUCCCAGCAGCCAGCACUUAAAGCAAGACUCACAAGACGAGUCUCAGUCCCAGGCUGCGCAGCCCUGAGUCCUGAACACGAUGUGCAGUGCUCUGCCUGGGUGCUCUCUGAGUCCUCUGGGGAGGACUGCAAACCCAACUUGUGAUACUUGUGUGCACACAGGGGAGCUGCCACACCUCUCGGGGCCUGAAAACAGGAGUAAACCCAAACUUCAUAUGACUAACCACACCGCUACCAUCCACAGGCGCGAUGGAAGUCUACAUGUUCUGUUAGAAGCACAACUACAAGGCCGAUUUAAAAAAUAAAAGUCCUUCCUCAUAGUGCAGGAGGCUCACCUUCAGAUCUCUUGGAACAUUUGAUCCUAGAACUUGAGGUCUUCUCUUGGGAUAAAGGAUAAAUAAAGGCUGUGGCGUUUGGUGGUGGUUGACCAGUAUGCUGCUUUGUCCUUGAGUGAGCAGCGUGGUGAUGUCUGCAGACUUCCGGGUGUCGUGUGGAGCAUGAGCGGUGUUGCGGUCACGUCUCUGUCCCUGUGGUUUCAGUAAGUAGAUUCUUCUGUAUGUAAGCACGGUUCCUGGAAGUUCGCAGAAAUAAGCUGCCAAGAAAAACAGGUUCAUUUGCAAAGAAUUAAGAGUGUGUGCUGAACCCUUGGCGUUGUUCUUUGUCUCUCAGAAGCUGGUGACCAACCAGCAAUGCUGGAGUGAGUAUUCAGCAAGUCCCCACUGUGCUUGCAGGGCGGGGCUGCUCCCUCCGCACCCAGCUUUCCUUAGGGGUGGAGACAAGGAACGGUGGGACCUGUGUUGUUCAGUCCCGCAGAGGUCUCUCUUUGGAGCCCAUGGAUGAGGCUUGACCUUUUGCUGUGAGUAGAUUUAGAGACAGACAGUCCCAAGUGAAUUCUGGCCUCAGGGCAGAGAUUCCAUGGGUUCUGACACUCAGGAAAAAAGCUCCAGUGUUCCCUGCAGAGAGGCUCUGUCCUGCUUGGCCCCAGUCACCCACACACAUUUAAUAAAGUGGCAGAAGCUCCUCCCUUCCAAGGGCUGGUGUGCUGGGUCCUCUCCCUACAGCCUGCCGAGUCCCAGAGACUUGUGCAGCAGUCAGAUGAGGCUGAUCUGGGAGACAGGGGAUAACUGCGACACGAGGGGACUCCAGGCAGGUCCUUUGUGUGGAGGCUGCAGAGCGCUGUCCUGAGUGGGAGGUUGUGUUGUUUAAACAUGUGGUGUCUUUGUCUGCGCUGGAGCAUGUAGCGUAUGUUUUUCUGCAUUCUCUGGGUGAACCCACACCCCCUUUAAGCAAAGGGGUCUUGUGGAUGUUGGAAGCAAGAUCAGAAAAACGUUCUUAAAUGGCGACGCCGGAGAGGAGCCAGCCCCCGCCCCGCCCCCCCCCAAUGUCCCUGAAAGCCGGGUCAGCCACUAAGGAUACACGUUGGCUUUCUUCUAUUUUUUUUUUCUAGUUAAUCAGUGAGUUUUUAAAUGUCUUUUGUUGAUGUGAGGACUUCUUUAAAGACAUUUGCUUGUGGUGCAGCUCCAUGGGAGAGAGCCUGUAUAAUAAAAAACCCCAGAAGGCAGUCAUGGAGGGGGGCACCCAGGCCAGCAUUUCAGUGGAUUUCCUCUGGAAUUGGGAGCAGUAUUUUUUCCCUCUUUUCAGUAGCAUGCCUAUUCUCAUUUAGUAGUUGAAUGGUGUAUUACAUUCUAUGUAAGUGCAUACAUAUAAGGUGGCAUUUCUUUUCUCAAUAUCCAAAAAAAGAAAAAAGAAAAAAGAAAAGUCCUUCUGUUUUCCUGUGAGCUUGCUCCUUGGGGAGGAGUGCACACCACUCCCCCCCCCACCCCCGUGUGAAAUGGUCGUUGACUCUUCCAGCUAGUGGCCUCCAAGGUCACGGCCGGAUCCUCGGCUUCCCUUUGAGGUGAGAGGUCAUUGUCUUUGAGAAUGGAUUUAAGUUUUGGAGAUAUUCCACCUUGUUCACAGCACAAGGAAAGAAAUAGAGCAGUAAGUCAGAAUCAGAAUUCCAGGGCCGUCGGAUGACUUGGUGGGAAGGCACCGGCCCCAGAGCCAAGACCUGAGUUUGAUCCCACAGUGGAAGGAGAGAGCCAACUGCAGCAGCUUGUCCUCUGACUUAAACACACACACAUGUACACACACACACACACACAUGUACACACACAUGUACACACACGUACAAACACAUGUACACGCACAUGAACACACACACAGUUGUUUAGAAGAGUAUCUAACAUGUAGGAAAAGGGUUAUCUCUCAGUACCCGCCACCUCUAGGGCCUCUUUUCCAAGUCCGCUUCUCGCCAGGCCUCACAAGCGCACAACCCCUGCAUAGACCUAAGGACAUAUUCAUUAAUAUGAACACCCAGUAGGUACUCUGUAGAAUGGAUAUCCUUAAGUGCAUGUUAUUGUUGUGUGUGCCGUGACUGAGGUGCGUCUUUGUCAUGAGACUUUGCUUCUUUGCUGAAUUAAGACUCUGCCCUCCCUCCGAGGCAGGAAAUCUGCAGCAGUUUCUGGAAUCAGCUUCUCAAGUUUUCCCGCCUGUGUUGUGUUUACUCGUGGCUUUGCCUGAGAGUCUGUUCUCACAGACACACCUGUGAGUAUUUAUUACAAGGCGGAGUGGGGACAGGCACGGCCACAGUGCUCGUAUUUGGAUGUUUCUGGGGAGGGAUGAUGGAACCCCCUCCUCAGUGAGGUGCCCACAGAGUCUGUGUCUAAUUCUGUGAGCCUGGCCAAUGCUGGAACCAGUUUAACCCUGACUCUGAGUGCUCCGGGGGCCAUUGCCCUCCCCACCGCCUUGUGUGUGCAUGGGUGUGGUUGUGUGUGUGUGUGUGUCUCUGUUGGGGGCAUGUGCUGCACUUCCUAGCGGACUCUGGUAUCCAUGUGUCACCUUUGGCACCUGUGUGUUACUGGAUUGCAUUGGCAGGUGGUGUACAGAUCUGUACAGAGGGGUCUGUGUGCAGAGCUGGGGGCCCCCACAGUGAGUGUGCAUACGUUGGUCAGCCAAAGAUCUUCCUAUUCUUUGCUGCUUAAACUUUGUGCCUUAAUAUUGUAAAUAAUAAAUGGUUAAAACAGCAA